CGUAAUGGUGGUACUCGGAGUGAAUAUUGACUGCAACUAUUUUUAUUUGUAUUUUGUUAUUUAUUAGUCUUAAUCACAUUAUAUUAUAUUGUGGCUGCGGCCAUAUCAUGCUUGCUUAUGUCGGGCGUAUCUAAAACAUCUGUUUUGGUCGAGGAGGGUGGUAAUCAGUUUAGAAAACGUUCUCAUAUAAGUUCUAACAACGAUCAGUGCACCAAAAGAACAAAAUUUGACGAUAUGAGUGCAAAUGAAAAAAAAUCAAACUUCUCAAUGUUGAAUCCCAAUACCAACGGUACUAUAAAAAUGACAUCUUCAUCGAUGAACAAGCCAGGAGCUGCGACAAAGAAACUAGUUAUAAAGAACUUUAAAAGUAAACCGAAUCUUCCAGAAAAUUACCAGGAGACAACAUGGAGCAAACUUCGGGAGGCCGUUAUAGCUAUACAAACCUCAAAGGCAAUAGCCUAUUCCUUAGAAGAAUUAUAUCAAGCAGUUGAAAAUAUGUGCAGCCAUAAGAUGGCGUCACAGUUGUACGUGAAUCUGACGAACCUAGUGGAGGCGCAUGUAAAGUCCAAUAUUGAGCAGUUCCUCUCUGAAAGUAUGGACAGACAAGUGUUCCUCAAACGCAUGGAUGAUUGCUGGCGAGCACACUGCCGCCAAAUGAUAAUGAUCCGUAGCAUCUUUCUAUACUUAGACCGUACCUAUGUGUUACAGAAUCCUAGCAUACAUUCUAUAUGGGAUAUGGGUCUCGACCUUUUUCGACACCACAUAGCAAUGAACACACUAAUACAGACGCGCACGGUGGAUGGCCUUCUGUUGCUGAUAGAACGAGAGCGCGGUGGUGAUGCCGUUGACAUCUCACUGCUCAAGAGCUUGCUACGAAUGCUGUCUGACUUACAGAUAUAUCAAGAUGCAUUUGAACACAAAUUCCUACAAGCAACAGAACGCUUGUACGCAGCUGAGGGUCAACGAUUAAUGAGAGAAUUGGCUGUUCCUCAAUAUUUAGCUCAUGUUGAGAAAAGACUUAGGGAAGAAAAUGAACGGCUAUUGCAUUACCUAGAUCCCUGCACUAAAUGGCAACUAAUUCACACUAUCGAGCGACAGCUGUUGAGCGAGCACCUGACGGGUAUCCUCAGCAAAGGUCUUGAAUCCCUAAUGGACGGUCCACGGCUCCAUGACCUCACAACACUCUACAACCUGUUCAGUCGUGUUAAGGAACUUGGACUUAGUGAACUGUGCAGCCAUUUCAAUGCCUACAUCAAGAAAAAAGGACGUACUAUAGUAAUUGAGCCGGAACGUGAUAAGACUAUGGUAGCCGAACUAUUGGAGUUUAAGGAACAACUGGACAAUGUCGUAAGCACCUGUUUCCAAAGGAACGACCGAUUCCUUUACUCUAUGAGGGAAGCGUUUGAGUACUUCAUUAAUCAACGACAAAACAAACCUGCAGAACUAAUUGCUAAAUUUGUUGACUUAAAGCUCAGAGCUGGUAACAAAGAAGCCACAGAGGAAGAAUUAGAAAGGCUAUUAGACAAGAUCAUGGUUCUGUUCCGUUUCAUACACGGGAAGGAUGUCUUUGAAGCAUUUUAUAAGAAAGAUUUAGCGAAACGAUUGCUUGUGGGCAAAUCUGCCUCUGUAGAUGCUGAGAAGUCAAUGCUUAGUAAAUUGAAACAGGAAUGUGGUGGGGGUUUCACCUGUAAAUUAGAAGGCAUGUUCAAGGAUAUGGAACUGUCUAAAGAUAUUAAUAUUACUUAUAAACAGCACUUGGCGGCGAGUCAGGAAGGAGUCGGGCUGGAGCUGUCGGUGUACAUCCUGACGAUGGGCUUCUGGCCGACCUACCCGCCCGUGGAGGUGCGUCUGCCGGUUGAGCUGACGCGGCACCAGGACCACUUCGCCAAGUUCUACCUCGCCAAACACUCCGGCCGCAAGCUGCAGUGGCAAGCCACGCUGGGACACUGUGUGCUCAGGGCUCACUUCUCGCAGGGUAACAAAGAGCUACAGGUUUCAUUAUUUCAAGCUCUCGUUCUGCUAUUAUUCAAUGAUGGAGAUAAUCUCUCCUUUGAGGAAAUUAAGACUGCUACAAAUAUAGAGGAGGGCGAGCUGCGGCGCACGCUGCAGUCGCUGGCGUGCGGGAAGGCGCGCGUGCUGCUCAAGGCGCCGCGCGGGCGGGACGUGCAGGACGACGACCACUUCUCCUUCCACGCGGACUUCACCAACAAGCUGUUCCGCAUCAAGAUCAAUCAGAUACAGAUGAAGGAAACUAGCGAAGAACAGAAGGCGACGGAGGAGCGCGUGUUCCAGGACCGUCAGUACCAAAUCGAUGCAGCCAUCGUGCGCGUUAUGAAAAUGCGUAAAGCGCUGUCGCAUAACCUGCUCAUUUCUGAGCUCUAUAACCAGCUCAAGUUCCCCGUUAAGCCGGCAGACCUUAAAAAGCGUAUAGAAUCCCUGAUCGACAGAGACUACAUGGAACGCGACAAAGACAACCCCAACCAGUACAACUAUGUCGCGUAGUGGGCCCCCUCCCUUCACCCUUCGCGAUCACUCCCUACAUCUACCCUCAGGACGUACCAUCGACGGCUUCACUGUAACAAAUACUACCAUAUAUCAGAAGUAUCCGGAAGUAGUCUGCUUUUUUGUCGUAUAAUAACAGUUGUCAAUGUCCAAACUUUCGUUUUCCUGAACUUUUUAUGUACUUCACAAACUCUACCUUACCUCAAGCUUAUGCAAUUAAAAUGAAAUAAAAAUUUCGCUUGGAAUAAUCGAAAUAUGUUUAAGAGUUUUUCAUGUUGUACGUGUACAUAAGAUAUGAUAAUAUUAGAAGGCAUUAAAUAAUAUAAAAGUAAUCGUAUUUAUUUUAUAUUCGAGUGCGUGUGAAAUGAUCUCUCACACCGAAACAGCGAUUCUUUAAAAAUUUUUAUUUCCCGCUAUCAUUUUCAGAAUCACAAUAGAGAAAGUUAACGAAAUAAUUGAGGGUAGAAAAUAUUACCAAAGUGUAAACCCCUACUGAAGUCUAUAAAAACAUACUAAAUCUGGUCCUCAACCACAUACACACUAGCGGCAUGACGUGUGAUAUUAGACGAUGAGACCCUCCUGAGGUGCCCUCGCUAGAACACAUGUAUAUUAUACAGGGCGUGUAAGUUUGCUUUGACAGCAUUUUAAGUCACACAAUACGCCAUUUGUGUUUGUAAAUUUUGUAUUUUAUAUAAUUUCGCUUUGUGACCUCUAGUUAGAAGCAAAAGGGAUCUGUGAACUCAUAACUCUUCGGGUGUCUUUAGUUUCAGGAGGGAUCACCAAUAAAACUAUUUAUAAUUUUC